CAACCACUCGCCAGCCAUUUUUGGCGCCGAACGGAAGAAGAAAAAAAAAUAUCCGGCCGCUGCCAUUCCCGCCACGUUCUUGCUACGCUACCCAGCCACCCAUCCAAUCCUCUCUCCACCCUUACUGCAGCAAUCGCGCGGAUUCUGCAGCAGCAGCAGCGGAAGGCGGCAACCGAUCGAAUCGAACCGAACCGAACGGUCCGCCAUGACGGCCAUGGUGGCGUCCACGGCGGCAACCUCCUCCUCCUUCUCCUACCACAAGCCGCGAUUCGCGGUGGAGUGCAGGAAGAAGGACCGGGACAGGGAGCGGGAGCGGGAGAAGGAGCACAAGUACCCCUUCAAGGUCGUCGAGAUCACGCCGCCGCCGCGUUGCCUCGGCGUCCGCUGCUUCCCCACGAACAUCCACUGCGGCGAGAGCGUGACGAUCGAAGGGCAGGCGUACACGGUGUCCGCGGUGACGCACCGGUACCAGCUGCGCAAGGGGCGGUACGAGCCCAGCGAGAAGCGCCUCGACGUCCUCUCCACCGGCAGAUACCUCCUCAACCUAUACCUCGACGGCCUCCUCGACAAGUCCUGAUCCACUCAUCGAUCGAUCAGUUGAUUAACACCGUGUACCGCAUAUUUUACCAGCUGAUCAUCAGCUCAACAGCUUAAACAUUGAUCAACUUUUUUUUUUUGGGGGGGGGGGGGUUGCCAUGGACGAUGUUUGCGUAUAACUACAGUAUUAGUUUGUGAACUAACUGCUGAGUGCGUACAGGUAAUGUUUUUCGUUGUCAUCUCACCACUGCCACUGUGAUCCCCAACACUUCUGAUGGACCACGGAUGCGCAUGAUCAGGAUAAGUUUGUGUGAUUCAAAAUAUAUACUUUUUAAAAUAAUGUUAAUGUACCAUACCAGAUAUAUAUGAUACAA